AUUUGUAUGAAAUGCAGAGUUAAAUUCAGGACAAUACGCACCAAGACCCUUCUGAUAUCAUCACCAUGGAGACAUGUUUUCGCAGACUUUGGAUGACAGUUGUUCUGGCAUCGAUUAUGCGGAGAUCAGUCGCAGUAGGACCGGUUAUCCGGUGCGAACCAUGUGAUGCUGGAGCCCGGAUACUGUGCAAGCCGUUGCCCAAGGACUGCGCGGAGAGAGUUCGCGAACCGGGCUGCGGGUGCUGCACGACUUGCGCGCUGGCCUUUGGAAAGCCGUGCGGAGUGUACACCGGGAGAUGUGGCUCCGGAAUGACAUGCCAGCACCAACCCGGCGAGACGAAACCUCUCCAAGCUCUGCUGGAAGGACGAGGACAGUGUGCAAACGCGACCAUUAAAAGACCUGUUGCCACUUUAAUCAAUGAGAGACAAGAAAAUGAUGGUGGUUUUCAGGAGGAGGAGCGAAACACCACCGCUCCAGUGCUCCAAGCCUCCUUCAGCACCAGCAGACCUCCUGUAGGCUCCCCCAGAAUCCCCCAUCACCCCCCUCGUCUCCACCCCGUCAAGGCAGAGGUCAUCCGCAGGGAGCAGCUGAAGAAGGCCCAGAGUUACAAGAUGGAGCAAGGCCCUGGAGCUCUCAGCACAGACCAACAGAACUUUUCCCUGGAAUCCAAGCAGGACCCAGAGUAUGGUCCCUGUCGUAGAGAGAUGGAGAGUAUCCUCAAUGGACUGAAGAUCACAGACAUCCUCAACCCCAGAGGCUUCCGCAUCCCAAACUGUGACAAGAAGGGCUUCUACAAGAAAAAACAGUGCCGUCCAUCCAAGGGCAGAAAGCGAGGGUUUUGCUGGUGUGCCGAUAAGUAUGGGCAGCCAUUGCCAGGUUUCGACGGGAAGGAAAAAGGAGACGCUCAGUGCUACAACUCAGAGAGCCAAUAAGACAAGAGCAGCGAGAAAGAGCCAGAAAGAGAAAUGCACAGAGAAACUGAGGAUAUCGGGAUUCAAAAAUGAUUCCAAAAUGGCUGGGCCUGGACAUGUGUUGACUGGCAUUGAUGACUCUUUGGCCCAUGGGACCUUAUGGAGGGCAGAGCAGGGGGAGUGGCUUGAGAAGAAGACAGGACUCAUCCAAUCACACUCCUUGUGUCCAGCAAACUCCCUCCUAUGCUAUGUGCUGCUCCUAUGUACUGUAAACAGGUGUGUGGGUGGAUUCUCCAUAGACUGAAAGGGCAGACCAGACUUGGUAUAUGUAACUCUAAGGACACAUGAGACGUAAUCAUUCAUUCCAUAGCACAGGGCUAGCUUUGAUGAUUACAGACUUGACGACAGAGGAUCAUAUACAAUAAUUGUCUCGACCCUCAAUGAGAGGCGUACACCAACGCACAGCUAGGUGGCACUAUACCCAUGUGUGUGCGUGUUUGUAUGGCUGCAUGAUAUGAUUAUAUUUGUAUGUGUGUGUGGUUCUGUAUGUUUGAUAUGUUACUGUAUGUAUUUGUUUAAAUGUGUGUGUCUGUGUACAAUACAAGAGUGUCUCUUUGUCUAUCCGUGUAACCGUAUGCUGUGGGGUGCUGGUGUGCGACCACCCUGUGGCACAGUACAAUGUCAUAAAAUGCUUUCCCACUUUGUGCCGGAGGGUACAUAACUCAGAUUUUAGUCCAUUCGGUAUCUCUCUCUAGGAUCACUGUCCUCUCCUCAGGACCCUUUUAAGGGAGUUGACUAUAAUGCUUGGAUGUUGUUCUCACCUUUCCUUUGCAACUCAUAUACACUGUGUACCAAACUUUAGGAACACCUGCUCGUUCCAUGAUGUGGACUGACCAGGUGAAUCCAGGUGAAAGCUACGAGCCGUUAUUGAUGACACUUGAUAAAUCCACUUCCAUCAGUGUAGAUGAAGGGGAGCAGUCAAAUGCUUACUUACUUGCCCUAACCAACAAUACAGUUUAAAACAAAUAUGAAUAAGAAUAAGAAAUAAAAGUAACAAGUAAUAAAAGAGCAGCAGUAAAAUAGCGAUAGUGACACUAUAUACAGUGGGGUACCGGUACAGUAUCUAUGUGUCUAUACAGUGUCUAUGUGCGGGGACUGGUUUAGGUGAGGCAAUAUGUACAUGUACGUAGAGUUAUUAAAGUGACUAUGCAUAGAUUAUAACAGAGAGUAGCAGCGGUGUAAAAGGGGGGGUGCAAUGAAAAUAGUCUGGGUGGCCAUUUUAUUAGAUAUUCAGGAUUCUCAUGGCUAGGGGGUAGAACCUGUUUAGAAGCCUCUUUGACAAUUGUUAGGGCCUUUCUCUGACACCGCCUGGUAUAGGGGUCCUGAAUGGUAGGAAGCUUGGCCCCAGUGAUGUGCAGGGCCAUACGCACUACCCUCUGUAGAGCCUUGCGGUUGGAGGCAGUGAUUCAACCAUGCUCUCGAUGGUGAUGGUUCAGCUGUAGAACCUUUUGAGGAUCUGAGUACCCAUGCUGAAUCUUUUUUUGAUGUUGAAUUUUUUUCCCCCCUUUUCUCCCCAAUUUCGUGGUAUCCAAUUGUUAGUAGUUACUAUCUUGUCUCAUCGCUACAACUCCCGUACGGGCUCGGGAGAGACGAAGGUUGAAAGCCAUGCGUCCUCCGAAACACAACCCAACUAAGCCGCACUGCUUCUUAACACAGCGCACAUCCUUCCGGAUGUCUUCCGUAACAGCUGGUAUUCUCAUGCAUGUUUAGUGUUAUUUGCCUCGAAGUGAGCAUAGAAGUAGUUCAGCUCGUCUGGUGUAGGCUGUGUCACUGGGCAGCUCUUGGCUGUGCUUCCCUUUGUAGUCUGUAAUGGUUUGCAUGCCCUGUCACACCCGACGACUGUCAGAGCCGGUGUAGUACGAUUCGAUCUUAGUCCUGUAUUGACGCUUUGCCUGUUUGAUGGUUUUGUCGGAGGGCAUAGCGGGAUUUCUUAUAAGCUUCCGGGUUAGAGACCCGCUCCUUGAAAAUGGCAGCUUUAGCCUUUAGCUCAGUGUGGAUGUUGCCUGUAAUCCAAGACUUCUGGUUGUGGUAUGUACGGUCAGUCACUGUGGGGACGAUGGUCACUGUGGGGACGACGGCAUCGAUGCACUUAUUGAUGUGGUGUACUCCUCAAUGCCAUCGGAGGAAUCCCAGAACAUAUUCCAGUCUGUACUAGAAAAACAGUCCUGUAGCUUAGCAUCUGCUUCAUCUGAUCACUUUUUUAUAGAUCAAGUCACUGGUGCUUCCUGCUUGAAUUUUUGCUUGUAAACAGGAAUCAGGAGUAUAGAAUUAUGUUCAGAUUUGCCAAAUGGAGGGUGAUGGAGAGCUUUGUAUGUGUCUCUGUGUGUGGAGUGACGGUGAUCCAGAGUAUUUUUCUCUCUGGUUGCACAUUUAACAUGCUGAUAGAAAUUUGGUAAGACGGAUUUAAGUUUCCCUGCAUUAAAUUUCCUGUUUGCUUAUGGCGAAAUACAUCUCAUUUGGUGCAGUCUUAGUGCCAGCAUCAGUCUGUGGUGGUAUGUAGACAGCUAUGAAAAAUACAGAUGAAAACUCUCUAGGUAGAUAGUGUGGUCUACAGCUUAUCAUGAGAUACUCUACCACAGGCGAGCAAAACCUCAAGACUUCCUUAGAUAUCGUGCACCAGCUGUUAUUUACAAAAAUUCAUAGUCCGCCGCCCCUUGUCUUACCAGACGCCGCUGUUCUAUCCUGUCGAUACAGCGUAUAGCCAUGAUAAUGUCUCCGUGAAGCAUAAGAUAUUACAGUUUUGAAUGUCCCGUUGGUAGUUUAAUUUUCCGCAUAGGUCGCCAAUUUUAUUUUCCAAAGAUUGCACAUUUGCUAGCAGAAUGGAAGGAAGUGGGGGUUUAUUCGAUCGCCUAUGAAUUCUCAGAAGGCAGCUCACCGUCUGGCCCCUUUUUCUCCGCCUUCUCUUCACGCAAAUGUCGGGGAUCUGAGCCUGUUCCCAGGAAAGCAGUAUAUCAUUCACAUCGGGCUUGUCGGACUCUUCUUUUUGAUAAUAAGAGACGGUAGCAGCAACAUUAUGUACAAAAUAAGUAAAAAAAUAAGUUACAAACAAUGCAAAUAAACGAACAAAAACACAAUUGGUUAGGAAUCUGUAAAAUGUCAGCCUUGUUGUCCAGCGCCAUCUUGUCAAUGCCAACCCUCUUGCCACAUGGAUUGUGUGUGUGUUUAUUCAGAGGAUGAAUGGGCAAGACAAAAUAUUUAAGUGCCUUUGAACGGGGUAUGGUGGUAGGUGCCAGGCGCACCGUUAUGAAUGGGAGUUUCACGCUCAACAGUUUCCUUGUCUGUCAAGAAUUGUCUUCCAGCCACAGGACAUCCAGCUGACUUAUCAGAGCUGUAGGAAGCAUUGGAGACAACAGGGGCCAGCAUCCCUGUGGAACACUUUCGACACCUUGUAGAGUCCCAUACCCUGACGAAUUGAGGUUGUUCGGAGGGCAAAAGGUUGUGCAACUCAAUAUUAGGAAGGUGUUCCUAAUGUUUAGAAUACUAUCUAAGUACAUUCCCUACACAUCUACCAAUGGAACAUAUUUCUGCUGGAUUUCAAUGUACCAGAGAGAGGGGAGGGACAUUCACCACAGUCAAUGGUGUGGUCAUUCUUCCUCCUCUCUGUCAGUUUGCAUAAGCUGGUUACUGGGAUAAAGUCUUUCACGACUGUGUGCGUGUGUAUUUGUGUGUGUGCGUGUGUAUUGUGUGCGUGUGUAUUGUGUGCAUGCAUGUUUUUGAGCCUGUUCUUCUGUUUUCAAGAGAUACAUUUUCACCAUUUAGUUGUGUCUAGAUUCAAGGCCAAUAUGCUCUAUACAAAUAAAUGCAUUAACGAUGACGCCAGCUUCUAUUGCUAUGUGAUUUAUAUUUGUGUGCUGUCUGGAUUUCUAAAUGUCCAUGAUUGUUAUUAAUGAAGCUGAGAUUCUGAAUAGUUGUUUUUUUUACAAACUAACUUGAUGAUAACCCUCAAUUUUGCCACUAGAGAUUCUGUUGAGGGUAAAUGUCUUUGUUAGAGGAAGUUGGAGAUAUUAGCAUGUUGCUAGCUCUGGAAGUGUUUUAGGUUCAAACAAGGGAUCUGUCAAAAUUAUUACCCUAUUCAGUAUGCAGUGUUCCACUAUUGACCAGGUCUAUAGUAGCACACUAUAGGUAAUAUGUUACUAUUCUAAACUCAGGAUCUUGAACACUAUCUUGUAAGUUUUUUUAUAAUCAUUUGUUGCAAAACAGCUGUUCUCCUUGCCUUGGGGUUAAAGCCAGGGGAUAUAUAAGGACCUCUGGUAUGGGGGAGAGUGAUUUAGUAAAUUUCCUCACUUCAAAUAAAUACUUAAUUUUAUGAA